UGUAGAUGCUGUACAAGGUCCAGUAAGACCUUUAAUCAUGGAGUGUCUUCAGGAAGCUAUGCAGCUUGUUGACAGUGCAUACAAAUACACAAGAGACAUCAACAAGCAGAAGCUUCUGAAAAAGUCGGUGAGCCCUGCCAAUCUCAUGGCUUUCUCUAGGCAGCCAGUGGCUGAGACAAGAACUGCAUCCCGAGCUGCUGAGUACAUGCAUGUGGCCAUGGAUCUUAUCCAGCAACGUUUGCUCCGGAGACCCAAGCGAUCUUUCAAUGCAACAGAUCUUCUCACACAAGCUGAACUGAACACAGUUGCUCAAAUUUCAGGCUGUGCUGCACAGACACUCCCUAAAACCUGUACAAGCGAUUGCUGGACAACACAAUACAGGACUUUCUCUGGGGAAUGCAACAACCUAAAGAAUCCCCGGCUGGGAGCAGUAAACACACCAUUUGCAAGAUGGCUGCCUGCGCAAUAUGAAGAUAACAUCAGCAUGCCAAAGGGCUGGACUCCAGGGAAACUAUACUCAGGAUUUACUCUCCCACUGGUACGACAUAUUUCUAAUAUGAUCUUGAAUACAACAGUAAUACCAGCAGAUCUACAGGACAAUCAUGCAUUCGUGGACUGGGGUCAGUGGAUUGACCAUGACAUUGACUUCACACCCCAGACAGCAAGUGUUCGGACCUUCAGUGAUGGGAUGGAUUGUGAGGCAAGUUGUGCCAAGAAAAGUCCCUGUUUCCCUAUCCAGGUACCCCCUGGUGACCCCAGGAUUAAUGACACCAAUAUUUGCAUUCCCUUUUACCGAUCUUCUCCUGUAUGUGGCAGUGGAGAACUAGGCUCCCUUUUUGGUGAACCCAACACACGAGAGCAGAUCAAUGGACUCACAACCUUCAUCGAUGCCAGCAUGGUGUAUGGAAGCACACCAUCCAUGGCACUACGUUUGAGAAACAUGAGCAAUGACCUGGGAUUACUGGCAGUAAACCAGAACUACACAGAUGAUGGAUUGGCACUACCACCCUUUAACUACCAAUCAACUAACCCCUGUCCACUGAACCACAAGAUUUCCAAGAAUCUUUCAUCUGAUGGCAUACCCUGCUUUCUGGCUGGUGAUGGAAGAGCCAAUGAACACUUGGCCCUUAUGUCCUUGCAUGCACUAUUCCUUCGAGAACACAAUCGACUAGCGAAAGUGAUGAAAUUAAUAAAUCCUCAGUGGGACGGAAACACUACCUAUCAUGAAGCAAGGAAGAUAAUGGGUGCCAUACAACAGAUCAUAACCUAUAGAGACUAUGUCCCUCGAGUCAUUGGCACAGAAGCAAUGCAGAAAUACCUCCCCAACUAUACCUCUUACAAUGAGUCAGUUGAUCCUAGAAUAAGCAAUGUGUUUGCUACCGCUGCUUUUCGCUUUGGACAUGUGACAAUUCAACCAAUCAUGCAGCGGUUAAAUGACGACUAUAAAGAGAAUAUCCAGUAUCCCAACAUUUUACUACACUUUUCCCACUUCGCUACCUGGAGGAUUAUAUUGGAAGGUGGCAUUGGACCAGUCAUACGUGGGUUCCUUGCAUCUUCAGCAAAACUACAGACACAGGAUCACAUGAUGAAUACUGAGCUGCGAGAUAAACUUUUCCAAGUGACUAGUGCAGUGGCCCUAGACCUUGCAUCUCUCAAUUUGCAACGUGGUCGAGAUCAUGCUUUGCCAGGUUAUAAUGAUUGGCGAGAAUUUUGCAACUUGUCUCGAGCCCACAAUGUUUCAGAACUGGCAGCGAUCAUCAAUAAUACAGAUCUAGCUCAGAGGCUUGUCAGCCUGUAUGGCAGCCCAGACAACAUUGACGUAUGGCUAGGAGGGCUGUCUGAGCCUUUUGUAGAGAAUGGCAGAGUGGGACCACUUUUUGCCUGCCUGAUCGGACUGCAGUUUGCAAAACUUCGGGAUGGAGACAGGUUUUGGUGGCAGAAUGAAAGUGUGUUUACUCCAGAGCAACGUGAAGCACUGAAGAAUGUGAGCCUCUCUCGGAUUAUCUGUGAUAAUACCCACAUUCAGCUGGUACCUCCUGAAGCAUUUACUUUUUAUCCAAACUUAGAGGGCUUUGUCAACUGUAGCAAAAUUCCAGAGGUCAACCUCAGUGCCUGGAAAGACUACAAUUCUGAUCCUAGUAUUUGCUUUCGGAACUUUAAAGCCCGUGCCGAGAUUACUAGUUCUGCUGUAGCACUGAGUAAUUACCUGACGACCACAGUCAUCCACAGUUGGUUCCUCUACCUAGCAGCAACACUGUCAGGUACUCUGGCAUUCACCUGAAGCAGAGAGAGAGUCCACAGUCUGUCUACGUGCUGCAGUAAAAUCUAACAACAUUUUGGAGCACAAAAGUACUAGUACCUGUAUUUCCAAGAUCUAAUCUAAUUGCGAGAAGAUGGAGAAGUUUAGAAGAAACGUGAACAAGCUAAGUGCAUUAUGGUCUUAGAGCUACAUCUAAAAGAAGGAACUCCAGCUUCUAGAGCACUGCACUAUUAUCACUGGACACUGAAAUAUGUCUUCACUGGUGAUCCUGUAACUCAGAGGUCUGCAAAUUAUUUGCGUCAACAAAGACACAACCAUACAAUUUUUUCUCGAUCCUCAAGUCAAACAAAUCAUCCAUCAUUGUAUCAGCUAUAUGCAUUAUCUUUGCAGCAAAACUAGAAUCCUAUAAAAUACAUAAUUUUAUUGUCAAAUAAAAUUAAACUGAAUACAUGAUUUAUCAUCCAAAUUAAAUGAAA